CCUUGCCCCUAUUAUAUUGUCAUUACACUAUCAUCAAUCAGACUACUAACUCAUAUUUAGAGAAAAAAAAUAAUACUACGUAUGAGUAUAAGUUUCUUUUUGUAUUUUCAAAACAAUUACUCCGUAUUUUUGUGAAUUAAAAAAAACUUUUUGAAGGUUCAGGAAAAGAUACCCACUAACGUCCAAGAGGUCAAACCUCCUUCCCUACGAUUUUCUUGAUAUUCAUACAAAAAUGGGCGCCGGCUGCUCAAAUGUGUCUGUUUGCGGGUGGCCUUCCAGCCUCAAGCCUUCACUUCUCGGUUCAUCUGACGUUGUGGAUGGGAAGAAAAACUUUUGGCCCAGCUUUACUGAAUUCAGCCUGGAGGAGCUGAGGGCUGCAACUAACGAUUUUUCUUCCGACAACAUUGUGUCGGAGCACGGAGAGAAAGCUCCCAAUGUGGUCUACAAAGGGCAGAUGAAGAAUGACAAACUGGUUGCUGUGAAACGCUUCAAUAAGUCUGCUUGGCCUGAUUCCCGUCAAUUCACUGACGAGACCAAGGCAGUGGGGAGUCUAAGGAGCGAGAGACUGGCUAAUCUUAUUGGAUAUUGCUGUGAAGGGGGAGAGAGACUGCAGGUGGCUGAGUUCAUGCCUAAUGAGACCCUUGCAAAGCAUUUAUUUCACUGGGAGAGCCUGCCAAUGAAAUGGGCAAUGAGGUUGAGGGUGGUGUUUUACUUGGCACAAGCUUUGGAGUAUUGCAGAAGCAAGGGUAGACCAAUAUAUCAUGAUCUGAACGCUUACAGGGUCUUGUUUGAUCAGGAUGGUAAUCCGAGGCUAUCGUGCUUUGGCCUCAUGAAGAAUAGCAGAGAUGGGAAAAGUUAUAGUACAAACCUGGCAUUCACUCCCCCCGAAUACAUGAAGACAGGAAGAGUGGUACCUGAGAGUGUGAUCUACAGCUUUGGGACUAUGUUGCUUAACGUUUUGAGUGGCAAACACAUUCCUCCUAGCCAUGCACUAGAUUUAAUCCACGGCAAUAAUUUCCAGAUGUUGAUGGAUUCGUGCCUGGAAGGUCAGUUUUCUAAUGAAGAUGGCACUCGACUAGUUGAGUUGGCCACGCGUUGUCUUCAUCAUGAGCCGCGAGAAAGGCCGACUUUAAAGUCUGUUGUUGAAUCUCUUCUCUCUCUCCAAAAGGAAACACAGGUGCCAUCGUAUGUCCUUUUGGGUAUUCGCGACGGCGAUGAGAGUCCAGCAGAACCAUUGUCGUUGACACCAAUGGGCGAAGCCUGCUUGAGAAUGGAUCUCACUGCAAUUCAUGAAAUACUGGAGAAGAUUGGGUACCAGAAUGACGAGGGAAUUGCCAAUGAGCUAUCUUUCCAAGUAUGGACGGAUCAGAUGCAGGGCAACCUAAAUUUCAAGAAGCAAGGGGACUCAGCAUUCCGGGCCAAGGAUUAUGAAACCACCAUUGAUGGUUACACACAGUUCAUUGAUGGUGGCAGUAUGGUAUCGCCCACUAUCUAUUUGAGGCGAUGCUUGUGUUAUCUGAUGAUGAGCGACGGCAAGGCACAGAAUGCUCUUGGGGACGCACUACAAGCCCAAAAAAUUUCCCCCCAAUGGCCAGCUGCGUUUUAUCUACAAGCAGCUUCCCUUUUCACCCUCGGGAUGGAAAAGGAAGCCCGAGUCGCACUCCGAAAAGCCACCAAUUUGGAAGCUGCUAAAAGGAGCAGAAACUAAUACUUAAGCUUAAUUUCACCCCUGUGGGUGGUUAUUGAAACCAUUUCCAUUGGACUAUAUAUGGAUGUGGGUACGUGUUAUUAAUAUGUAAUCAGAUGAGAAUAAGAAAACGAGAUGAGUUCAUGAUUCUGAUGAUGUACAAUAUCAAAAAAUUGCAAACACAAAAGAAAAAAGAGCGAAGAUAAUAAACGCAAUAAUGUACCCCCUAAUAGUGUCGUCUUCAAUUGUGUUAAACUUAAGAGCCACAAUGAUAAAGGAACUUCAAAAAAGUAGGGAAAACACAAUGCAUCGACCCCACUACCUAUCAAUCUCAAUGCUCAUUCACUGCAAAAGCUGGAAAAUAUGCAGAUAUACAUCAAACAACCUCUCGCUAAAAGAGUAAAAGGAAUAAAUUUAUAUUUCUAUCACAGGUAAAAGAAGCCAACAAUAUACUCAUUCAAUUGACGAAGGAUGCCUAAACUCUUACAGUACACCAGAAAAUCAAAAUAGAAAAAUGCAUGACAAUUAAAUUCAUGUGGAAGAAUGGUUCUGUACCUAUACUGAGAAUGGGAGUAAUGGAGCAUAUGGGGGCAUAUACUUCAUGGUCUCUGGUGUUUUAUUACUGAGAAUGGGAGUAAUGGAGCUGCAAGACUCCAACCUCCUUAUUCCAUGCCAUGACUUUUGCCUCUUUUAUUUGGUUUCCAAUACAUAUGCAGUAUCCAGUGAGAUGAGUUUUGGACUCACUCUGUUAUCUAGCGCAGAUCCUGAGUUAAAGGGGGCUAUUUCAUGUGAUUUAAAGAGCUGACACUCCCAUUUUGACUUUGUUUUCUAUAGCUUGGAGCUACAGCCUGGUCCUACUUUACAAUCAACUUCUGCAGACUAGAGCCUGGUUCUUUGGCGCAAAUUUCAACAAACCUGUAUUAUUGAAGUCCAUGUAGAUUUUUUGGAAUGUUAUCUUUGUUUAGGAUAUCUAUCUUUUGGUGCGUGUAUUUCCAUUUAUCUUCCUUCCUUGGCCAAACUGUAGGGGCUACUGGCCACCC